AUGAAGGUUCAUGUCCAAGCUGUCCCUUAUGUUGGAACGAACCAGUAUACUACAGGCACAGUUCCUCUUUCGUUCCUUAUUUUUGCCAGAAGAUGCACUGCUUACUUGUCUGUUACCUUAUAUCCGCAAUACCAGAGGAAGCCAGUGGUACGCUCUCUCUCGUACAGCGCUUUGGAAAACGGUGCUGUCUACUACGAAGAACCCGAUACUCGCUCACUCAAGGCUGCUAAACGGCGCUUUUUGCAACAGAAUCUGGAGAUCCGCCAACGAUGCCGAAACUCCAAAUUGCUUUCUAGCUGCCGUCGAUCAAUCUCCCUGGAUCCUAUACUCUGGUUGCUCAUGUCUAAGUCAGAGCGCAGUCGCUGUAUACACUGGAGACUAGGCUGGCUUCCUGGUGGCAAACUUCGGCCAUGUCCUAAGCACCCAAUGCAACAGCUAUCUAAAAAUCACGCUAUUAGUUGCCUUGAUAUGCAUCGACAUCUGCUCAUGCCUGAAACAAUACGGGAUCCAUUGUCAUUCCUUCUAAAUAUGCUUCCUUUACGCCCUUCGGUUCCCCCAAACCUAGCCCUCACCUGGUCUCAGCAAUGGCCGAUUUUAUGCUCCCUACUACAUGAAUUAGAUCAGCUAUACUAUAAUAAACUGAUCCCUACUAAGCAUUCCCAUGGUCAAAAGCUUCUUGUAUGGUUAAAGCAAUCCAUUUAACUUUUCAUCGAUAACCCUACUCAUUAAUUUCCGUUUGCAUUUUUUACCCUUGUACCCACAAGGGGCUUUUUC